AGAUUCCAGAGAGGGGCAUGCAUGUAAGAGAAUCAUGACUACUUCUUUGUUCUCCAUUUUCUGCUCUUUCUAAAGGAAAUGUGGUGAAGAUGAGGAGGUGCUUAAAAGGAAUAAAGCAUAUGUUAGCUGCUUUGGUGAUGAAGUGUUUUGAAGCAGAUGAUGGGUCCACAAGACCAACUAGUAGAGGCUUAAAAAACCCUCAAUUUCUUGCCAAACAAACAAUUUUUAGUGUAAAUGAGAUUGAAGCUCUGUAUGAACUGUUCAAGAAAAUUAGUUCUAUGCUCAUUGAUGAUGGACUCAUCAAUAAGGAAGAAUUUCAGUUGGCCUUAUUCAAGACAGGCAAGAAGGAAAGUUUAUUUGUAGAUAGGGUGUUUGACUUGUUUGACUCUAAGCAUAGUGGAAGUCUUGAUUUCAAUGAGUUUGCAAUUGCUCUCUCUGUCUUUCAUCCCAAUGCACCCAUUGAAGACAAGAUCGAUUUUUCAUUCAGAUUGUAUGAUCUUAAACAGCAAGGAUAUAUAGGGAGAGAAGAGUUAAAGCAAAUGGUGGUGGCAACCCUAGCUGAAUCUGACAUGCAUCUUUCAAAUGAUGUGGUUGAAAGUAUCAUUGAUAAGACAUUUAAAGAAGCUGAUACCAAAAACGAUGGGAAGAUUGACAAGGAAGAGUGGAGAACGUUUGCGUUUGGCCAUCCUUCUCUUCUGAGAAACAUGAACCUUCAAUAUCUCAAAGAUAUCACCAUCACAUUUCCAGGCUUUGUGUUUCACUCACAAGUUGAUGAUGAUGAUUGA